AUGGACUUUGGAAGUGGCCCUGAAAACAGCAGCGUUAGUACCUUUCGAGAGCAGGUUCAGCGCCUCACCAAUGAAAACGUUCAGCUGCUAGACCGAAAUGAAAGGAUCUAUGGCAAACUUGGAGAGCUCCAGGAGAAAAUGGGGCAGAUGGCCGGCUCAAAGUCUGAUUUGUCAUCCAGGCUGAUCCACAGCGAAGAGGAGAAACUCAAGAUUUCCAAGGACUUCGUUGAUUUCCAGAUUGAAACCAACAAAAUGAGAGAGCAGCACGAAGCGGAAAACUUCGAACUGAAGAGUCUGAACCUUGCCCUGGAAAACCGUAUUUUGGAGCUUGAGCUUCGUGACGAAAAGACCGCAGGAGAGAGAGAUGCCUUACGGGAGCGCCUCCAUACCUUCGAGGCCAACCGCAAGGAGUUGGCGGAUGAAUACCUCGUAUUGAAGAGCAAUUAUCUUGCGUUGGGCAAGGAACACGAACAGGAAGUUGCUAAGAACGAAGAGCUGAGUUUAGAGUUGCUCAACCUGGCCAAUGCCAUGAGUUCUCUGACCUACACAAAAAGCGACAGCCCCAAGGUCCGAGCUCGAGCUGAGGAGCCUUCGGCUGAGCUGGAGAGGGUGCGUGCUUUGGUCCGCCGUCUUUCUGCCCGCAAACUCAAGCCAGAAGAUGUGGUCGCUUCGGAACAUGAACGGCGGAAACUGGAGAGAACCCUAUUUGGAAACCAAGAUCACAUCGCCAUGGAGAUGGAAAAGAUGAAAGAAAUGUACAACUCCCAGCAACAGAAAUUAGAGGAGAGAAUGGUGACCAUGGGCAAGGAACUGCAGGAGGCCAAAAAAGCCAUUCGGAACACGCAGCACAAGCUAGCGGAGCAGUCGGCGGUCCUGCUCUCAUCUCAGAGCCAGCUCCAAGAGGUAGAGGCAGAGAAUUCGCGGCUGCAGCUGCAGCUGAAGGAGCUAAAUGAGGAGUACCGGUCAAGGCUCAUUCAGUACAUCACGGACUUGGCGGAAUACAUCGACAGCAAGACAGCUGCUGCUCCAGCGGGGACCAGCAAAGCGCCGUCGGAGCCUGCUCGUAUGAAGCGCUUUGUGGACAGCAUGUUGAAGGACAUCCGGGCUUCCUACAAGUCUCGGGAGGAGCAGCUGGCCGGAGCCGCUCGGGGCUACAAGAAACGCAUGCAGAACUUGGUCAAGAGGCACGAGGGCCUGUUGAUUGCAUACAGGAUGCAGCGUGAACAGAUCCGGUCGCUGGGCAGUAACGACAUGGAUCCGGGUCCAGCAGAACACCAUUUCACCAUCACGGACGCAGAGCUGUUGACAAGCACCACUCAAGAGCUGAAUCGGCUACGGGAGGACAAAGUCAGCCUGGAGGGACAGCUGCACGAACUACAGAUGAAGGUAAAGCUAAGUGAAAAUGUCGCCGCAGGGACGUCGCCUCCCCAUAUGCCGGAUGAGGCUGGCUGGGCCGAACUCAGGAAGCAGCUACGGGAAUUCACUCACACCACCCAGGUGGAGCUGGAAAGGGAGAGAAGCCAGCUCCUAGCACGGGCGAUGGUGGCAGAAGAGCAGGUCACUGAACUGCAGGAGUACGUGGACAAGCAUCUUGUGAGGUACAAGCAGGAGAUAUUGAGGCUGCGGAAACUCCUCGGAACAGACGGCCCUCGAGCGUUUAGCGCCGGGACUUCAGAUGCCGCGGCGAUUUCGAAAACCAAGAGGAAUUUCAGCAACGAUAUGUAAUCUCUGCGUCACAAGCUAC